UCCUUACCUUUGCUACAAAAAUGGAGGAGACAUCUCUGGGCCAGUACACCAGUCAGGGUGGAAUAACAUGUUGGAGGAAAAUAUGCCCUCUUUUUGAAGGCUUAGGUUAUGGAAGUCAAGUGGUUGUUUUGUACACUGGGGUGUAUUACAUAAUCAUCCUGGCUUGGGCGUUUCUCUACCUGUUUUCAUCCUUCACAUCUGAGCUUCCAUGGGCGAGCUGUCAAAACAGCUGGAACACAGAUGCCUGUUCUGAGCAUGGUCACAAUCAAACAUCCUCUCUGCACCAGUUAGGACAAAGCACGUCUUCCGUUGUAGAGUUUUGGGAGAGGAGAAUCUUAGGCCUGUCCAGGGGAAUUGAUGAAAUCGGUAAUGUCAGAUGGGACCUGGCCCUCUGUCUACUUCUUGCCUGGGUGUUGUGUUAUUUCUGUGUCUGGAAUGGAGUGAAGUCCACAGGAAAGGUGGUCUACUUCACUGCCACAUUUCCAUAUGUAAUGCUGGUGGUGCUACUUGUACGUGGUCUCACAUUACCAGGGGCCAAAGAAGGAAUCGUGUUCUACCUCUACCCAGACCCAUCCCGCCUCGCUGAUCCAGAGGUAUGGAUGGAUGCUGGUAGCCAAGUCUUCUACUCCUAUGGAGUUUGCACAGGUGUUCUGACAUCUUUAGGAAGUUACAACAAGUACAGUAACAACUGCUACAGAGACUGUGUCUACCUGUGCCUUUUAAACAGUUUAACCAGCUUUGUGGCUGGCUUUGCCAUCUUUUCUGUGCUCGGUUUUAUGGCAAAGGAGCAAGGUGUGGAUAUAUCGAUGGUGGCUGAAUCAGGUCCAGGGUUGGCAUUCAUUGCUUAUCCUCGGGCUGUGGCCCUGAUGCCACUUCCCCAGCUCUGGGCUAUUUUCUUCUUCGUUAUGAUCAUCUUCUUAGGAUUAGAUAGUGAGUUCGUAUGUCAAGAGGCAUUGGUCACUACCAUCUCCGACAUGUAUCCAGACUUCUUUCAAAACAACUGUCGUCGUAAACUUCUCCUUCUCGGUAUUUCUGUUGGAAGUUUCUUCAUUGGCCUUCUGAUGGUGACGGAGGGAGGCCUUUAUAUUUUUCAACUGUUUGACUACUACGCCUGCAGUGGGAUGACCCUCCUGCUUUUUGCUGUUCUUCAGUCUGUCUGUAUUGGAUGGGUUUAUGGUGCAGAUCGCCAUUAUGAUAAUAUAAAGGACAUGAUUGGAUAUCGGCCAUGGUCCUACAUGAAAUAUUGUUGGCAGUACUUCACACCAGCUAUCUGUGUAUGCACAUUUAUCUUCUCCUUGGUCAAAUAUACUCCGCUGAAAUUCAACAACACUUAUGAAUACCCCUGGUGGGGCUACACUAUUGGAGGAUUAUUUACGCUCUCUUCAACGCUCAUGGUUCCUCUGUGGAUGGUGUACGCUAUGAGUGUCACUCCAGGAUCACUGAGACAGAGACUGACAGUUCUGUGCACUCCAGCUAAGGACUUACCUACUGAAACGUUAAAGAAGGCAAUAAAUAAAGAAGCCUUUCAGACUUUCACAGGAUUGUACACACUGAGCCAAUCAGAAAGUUCAGACGACAAAGGGGAAACGAAUCAGAGGUACUCCAUCAUCUACACUGCAUGAAUAACGUACUGAAAUUAAACAAUAAUCCUGAUGAGUGUGGAUCCUAAACCGUUGACAAGUCAGCCAUGUUCUGCCACAAGUCAGAAGUCAUGCCAACAUAUUACAGUGUUGUAGAGUCUCUCUUCAGGCUGUGAAUAUACCUAUUCAACACAUUUCUGUAGCGUGUGUGUAGAGAAUAU